AUGUCUUUUUCUACAGAGAAGCUUUAUGAGACAAUCUCACAGUCUGUUGCGCAUCAUGAGCGUGACUUAGCUGAGAUCUGCAAAAAGAUUCAUGAAACCCCAGAAUACAACUACAAAGAGUUCAAAGCCCACGACAACAUCUGCGAUCUCAUGCAAAAACUCGGUUACAACGUUAAACGCAGCGCAUACGGCAUACAAACCUCCUUCGAAGUCGAAUACGGCAAAGGCGGAAAACUCAUCGUCUUUAACGCGGAAUAUGAUGCUCUUCCAGGUUUAGGCCACGCUUGUGGUCAUAACCUCAUUGCGACGAGUUCAAUCGCUGCAUUCAUCGCCACGGCCGAGUUAAUACGCGAGAGUAAAAUACAAGGACGGGUGCGCCUUCUUGGAACACCUGCUGAAGAAGGUGGUGGUGGAAAGGUUCAUCUUAUGAAGGCUGGUGCUUACGAGGGUGUUGACGCUUGUCUGAUGGCCCAUCCCACAGGCCGUCUUUCGCCGCCAAGUUCAGAUAAUAUUGAUGGUGUAUCAGCUGCCAAGACAAGUGCAAGACGGCAGAUGAAAGUGUCGUUCACAGGUGAGAGUGCACAUGCAGGAAACACACCCUGGCAUGGAAAGAAUGCUCUUGAUGCUGUGGUAUCUUCCUACGUCAACAUUUCUCUCCUGCGACAGCAGAUCCAACCUACCGAGAGAAUACACGGUGUCAUUCGAAAUGGUGGCGCGGAGCCGAAUAUUAUUCCGGAUUCUACUGAUUUAGAGUACUAUAUCCGCGCUGCGGGGGUUGAUGAGGUUAAGAGUUUGUCGAAGAAGGCUGAGGCUUGUUUUGAGGCUAGUGCUAUUGCGACGGGGUGCAAGGUCAAGUGUACAUGCGAAGGCGACCAGGAUUACAUGGAACUUCGUCCGAAUACAUGCAUGACAUCCGAAUUUACAAAACACAUGAAGUCUUUCGGUCGAGAUUUCAUCGAUGAUGCAAAUCAACCGCCAAUGGGUGCAUCAACAGACAUGGGCAACGUAACAUACUGUCUCCCAGGAAUCCAUCCCAUGUUCUCCAUCGGAACCGAAGACCCUCUGAUCCAACCUCACACUCCCAAAUUCGCUGAAGCAGCAGGUACAAAGGAAGCGCUUAUUAGAGCAUUGGAUUGUGGAAAGGGAUUGGCUGCGACGGCUUGUGAAAUGUUAUUGCAGCCUGAGUUACUUGAGAAGGCGAGGGAGGAGUUUAAGAGGGAUGUUGAGCCUAUUGGGUAUAGACUUUGA